AUGUCUCUUGACCUGGAACGCCACUUGGUCUUUUACGGCUCCUACCACAACAAUGUCGUCAAUAUCGGCAUACACAUGGCUGCGAAUUCGGGCGUCCUCAUCCCACUGCCGUCAUACCUCACGCUCGAAUACCUCCCAUUGAACAUGUGCACGAUCGGGAGUAUCAUCUGGGGCGGAUUCUACGUGCUCAUGGAGCCCGUCGCGGGUAGCCUGCUCUGCGCCAUCUGCCUGGGGAUGGCCGCGGCGGACAACUAUUUCUACUCGGUGGAUGCGAAGACGUCGACGGCAGUAGCAGGCGGCAUAUUUGCCGUGGCAUGGAUCCUGCAGUUCCUGGGGCACGGCAAAUUCGAAGGCCGUGCCCCGGCUCUGCUCGACAACCUGAUGCAGGCGCUGCUUCUCGCGCCGCUCUUUGUCUGGCUGGAGCUGCUCUUCUACUUUGGCUACCGGAAGGAGCUCAAGGACCGCGUGGACAAGAAGGUCGAGAAGAAUAUCGCAAAGUUCAGAGCUGAGCGGGCGGACAAGAACGGCAAGGCGCAAUAA